UGUGUGUGUGUGUGACAGUUUGUCCCGUCUGACCAAAGUUUCAUGUUUAUCCAAUCCAAUACGUCCACAGACAAACUGCUAGAAAACAGUGUUGAAGCAUGUGUUCAAGAUAAAGACACACUUAGAGUGUGUGUGUGUGUGCGUGUGUGCGUUCAAGUCAGAAUGUGUGAUCCUCUCAUCAUCUCCACUGCUCACCACAACUUUAUUUACUUCUGCUUUACCCUCUCAACUAUUUGAAGUCUCUUUCUGUAACAGUAUUGUUAAUGUCCUGUCAACAGGUCAAAAAUACACGCAGAAUUUUUUUCCGUUUUAUUUUUAAACACUGAAAAAGUCCAAGACUAAACAUAAAAUUGACGUGUUUAUACCGUGCCCUCCCGCACUGCUUCUUUUGCAAUUUGCUUAUUUAUUUUCAACUUAAUCCAAAUUCAAUGCAUGCAAAGCCUCAUUAAUCCUAUUGUGUAUCUGCAUGUUGUUGUUUUUGUAUGUUUAUGUUUCUUGACUUAUGCUAAUUUUAAUCUCACUGGGCUCCUCUUAUAUUUUUGAGCGGGCCUGCGUCAUUUACAGGUGUGAACCAUCUAACAUUUUCCCAAAACUAAACACAAGAGGCUUUUGCCUGUGGAAUAAUGUCUGUUUGAUGCUGAUGCCACUGCUGUGAAUGGCAGAUUAUGUUAUAAUACCCAGUAUUUUAAUAUUAACAAUUUUUUAUAUAUAGUUUAUUAAUAUUAUUCACUCAAUCAUGCAUACACUGGCACAGAAUGGGACUUUUUUUUUUGGUGACUAACUGGGGUCGGUCGGGUGACUUCGGAGGAGGUUUUCAGGGGGGCCCCUUGAAUUAAAAACACAUUUAGAUGUGGCAAAAAUGUGUUUUUAAUAAACCAGCAAAGUGGUUGAAGAGAGGAGAAAAAAGAUAACAACAGCUAGUAGGAAUUAAAAAUUUAAAGGAUUAUAGAGAAAAGCAGAAUAUAUGGAGAUAAAUGCAGGGAUUACAAUGACUUAGGAGGAGAGCGCUUAGAACUCUUGCUUUCCAGUAAUACACUCCAUCACUGUGGCUCUGUGUGUGUGUGUGUGUGUGUUUUUGUCUUUGUGUGUGUAUGUGCACACAUUCAUACGUGGAUGUAUGUGUGCUUCUGUCCGUGACUGAGCAAGAGAAGGGUAUCUUCCAACUCCUGUGUGCGCUUCAGCCUUUGUGGUCGCGAUGUUCUCGGUUCCUGCGUCUCUGAUGUCUUCCAAGCGACCAGCCUCUCCAUAUGGGGGGACAGAUGGAGAGGUAACCAUGGCAACCAGCAGACAGCGAGUGGAGGAUGAGGAGAGUGAGGGACUGAGCAGUGUCAUCCACCUCCCCCUGGCCUCCUACUGCAGCAAGGUGUCCCCUCGCUCGCCCCCCAACCGCAUCUUGGACAGCCCCCCCAACAUGGACCAGGACGGCAUUAAGGGCAACUCUCUGAGUCCUUACGCCCAACACAAUUCUACCUCACCAGGCAAAGAGGACGGUGGAGGCGGGGGACGGCCCUGCAGUGACGGGGGCUUGGCCACAGGCACUUUGGGCACCCCCGAGAGACGCAAGGGCAGCCUGGCAGAUGUGGUGGACACACUGAAACAACGCAAGAUGGAGGAGCUGAUCAAGAAUGAGCCAGAAGAGGCCCCCAGCAUUGAGAGGCUGUUGUCGAAGGACUGGAAGGAUAAACUUUUGGCCAUGGGCUCAGGGCACAUUGGAGAAAUUAAAGGUACCCCAGACAGCUUGGCGGAGAAAGAGCGCCAGCUAAUGGGCAUGAUUGGUCAGUUGAGCAGCCUGAGGGAGCAGCUCCUGGCGGCCCAUGAAGAGCAGAAGAAGCUGGCUGCUUCACAGAUGGAGAAGCAGAGGCAACAGAUGGAGCUUGCCAAGCAGCAACAGGACCAGAUUGCCCGGCAACAGCAGCAGCUUCUGCAGCAGCAACACAAAAUCAACCUCCUGCAGCAACAAAUUCAGCAGGUCCAGGGCCAACUCCCUCCGCUGAUGAUUCCCGUCUUCCCUCCGGACCAGAGGACUCUGGCAGCGGCCGCAGCCCAGCAAGGCUUCCUCAUGCCCCCCAGCUUCAACUACAAGCCUGGAUGCAGUGGUGACCCCUACCCUCUCCAACUUAUCCCCACAUCAAUGGCUGCUGCUGCUGCUGCUACACCAGGCCUGGGACCACUACAGCUCCAGGUGAGCCUACAGCAGUUGUAUGCUGCUCAGCUGGCAGCCAUGCAGGUUUCCCCCGGGGCCAAGCAGCACGGAGGCAGCCUGCCACCCCAAACCAACCUGGGCACACACUCGCCACCCACCAACACACACCUACAGAGUGACAAGAGCCACAGCUCCCCACCACCACACAAGACUAAGGACAGUGAGGGUGCACAGCCACUGAACCUGUCGGCCAAGCCUAGGGCAUCCGAGAGCAAGUCACCCAACUCCCCCCCAACUUCCCCACAGGUCAAUGCUGCUGCUGCUGCCACCAAGCUGGGCCCUGCCAGUUCCAUGAAGCAGAGCAUCGCUCCCUCCAGCAUCGGAGGACCACCAACCAGAGUCAGCUCAAUAGCAGAUUUGUUGUCCUCGCUGUCCUCGACAGCCUACCUUAACGACCAUGAGGCGGUGACCAAGGCCUUCGCCGAGGCCCGACAGAUGAAGGAACAGCUGAAGAGAGAGCAGCAGGUCCUGGACGCCAAGGUGGCCGCUGUCAGUAACCUCAGCCUCAACAAUGGACGCACAGACAAGGUAGAUCACUUAAAAUGACAACUCUACAACUGUAUUAUUUUGUGUAGAACAAUUUCCAUGACGACUAGAAAUAUUUCAGUUUAUUUUCAUUGAUUUUUUUAGGUAAACCACUGAUAAUAUCACACCUUAGAAUGGAACAUAAUGUAGCACCCUCUCCACUUUAACUUGGAUUAAUAAGAACAGGGACACAUGAUAUGAAACAUAAUACUGUGUUAUUACAUCCAGUAAAAUAUAAUAUUUUUUUAUUAUUUUAAGGGAUAGUGUAAAGUUAAAACAUAAACUUGACCAUUCUUGAAAUUAAAUAAUUAAAUCUUUUGGACCAUCAAGUGUAAAAAUCAGUGAGUGCAGAGCUGCUAUUAGGAGACUUUUUAUAUUGGUUUUAAAAGAGCUGCAGCUCCUCAUGUCGUUGUGCACAGUGUUCUGCUUAUUUGCAACAGCAGUAGAAAAAGUUGUUAAAAUUAAUCAUCAACAAAAGCAAAAUACAACAGAGAUUGUUGUAUUUGGUUGUAAAUUGUUGUAUUUUAUCAAAAAAGCAAAAAAGCAAAAAUAAAUAAUUCAGACCUACACAGAAGGUAUAAAUUAACAAAUUCUCAAAUAAGAAAGAAAAAAAAAACAACAUUUCUAUAAAGUUGUCCCAAGCUGUAUCGUCUCAUUGCCAGUGUGUAAUAAUUAGUCUUGCUUUAUGCCGUCGAUGCUGCACUAUGUAGGAGGCUAAUCAGUGCACAUUGUGCUCACUGAAAUGUGCUGAAGCUAAACGGGGCUAGAUAAGGUGAAACCAGAGGUGUCUCAGAGGUAAUGAGUGUGUCUGUAAGGCACACUGCGGGGUUGUGUGUGUGUGUGUGUGUGUGUGUGUGUGUGUGUGUGUCAGAGAGGAGCGUCGAGGAGAAGCUAAUGUGAAGUGACGGCACCGGCUCCUCAGCAGCGUAGCUAAAUUGUGGUUAUUUGUUAAACACAUAGGGAGUCGAGCGCACACAAGCGCGCGCACACACACACACACACACACACAGAGCAACUGUGCGCUUGAACUGUCUACAUCGCUGACAUUCAACAGUUCUGUCUGUUUCUGUUUCAAACAGUUAAACCUUUACUGCUUUUGUAGCCCAGCUGCAUUGAACCACAUUAUUCACACAGAGAAUAGAUGGUAAUAAACUGCAGGUACAGUGGAAAAACUUCAGUCUAACAGACUCUUAGAUUUACUGUGUGUCUACAGGAAGUGUGAUCAAUUCUGCGGCUACAGUUUACUGUUUUAUAGCAGCGUAUUUUACAGAUAUAGGAUUUAUUCCCUCAGACGGAGGUUUUUAGCAGGGGAUCAACACAUUUUAAAUAUAAGGCUGGCGUGGCAUCGUGAUAGAAAAGUUUCAAAUUCAACAGUUAUCACAAUAAAAUGUCCUCGUUUAGAAAGUGAUUCAAUAUCCACUAAUAAUUUUUAAAAGAAAAACCACUUCAUUUCACUUCAAAUUGGAGACACAUAGCAAUCAUGCAUGGUGUCACACAGUGUUUGCACAGGACAUAAACAUAAUAUUCAUAUAUAUAUAUGUGUUGAACCUUUUUUACAGUACAGUGCAAAAGUCACCACCAGCUUUGAUGUUUUAGCAAUGCUUUACGGUAUAAUGACUUAAACCGUUAAACAGUUUGCUAAUAUACUGUAUAAGACCA